GAAAAUUCAUCGAGAAAUUCGGAGGCGGGAGUUUGGAUUUUGACCGAAAGCCUAUAAUGGCGCGACAAGCUUCGUCUAUAUUAUUCUCCAUUGCAGCCCCUUUACAUUUCCACAGCCCUUGUACAUUGUAAACGAUUGAUUAGUAUCUUCGUUCAUUGAAGGAGAGAUCUGUAAUGGCGGAUUCUCAGUGCAUUUCUCGGCUUCUGAAUCCUUGGACUCUUCAUCUUCAGAAGCUCGGUCUUGAGCUCAAAUGCCCUCUCUGCCUAAAAUUGAUGGAAAAGCCUAUCUUGCUUCCAUGUAAUCACAUUUUCUGCAACUUUUGUGUUCCGGAAUAUGGACCUGAAUGCCCUGUUUGCAAGCACCAAUUCAAUAAUCGAGAUUUGAGGCCUGCGCCUUAUAUUGAAAAUAUUGUGACUAUAUAUAGAAGCAUGGAUUCUGCACUCAAUGGCAUUAUCUCUCCAUCACUUUCUUCAGGCAUUAAUACUAUUCUUUUCUACCCUUAUAGAACCUUUAUUUACCAAUUUAUUCUCCUGGUAAUAUGAAUUGUUUAGACUUGUAAUUACUCUUUGUUACUCCAACACCUGCAGGGAGAUCUUUGCAGCAGUCGCCAAGGUCUGGCAGUUCUGCUCAAGGACAAUCCCCUAUGAAGACUAGCAAUGUGAAACCUUUACGUAGUGUAAUGCCACCUUCUCCAUCAGUCAAGAGACUUGCGCAGAAUGAAAAUGCAAUGCUUUUGAAUGAUGUGAAUGGUUGCAGUAGCUUGCCUACUGUUGCUGCAUUGUCAGGAAAUAUUGUUGAUGGAAGGCCUUCGGCGGAGGAGAUUGAUGUGAAUCACUUGCCACAACAAUCCCCAGUUAGCUAUAUUUCAUCAGAUGAUAACAAAGAAGUGGAUGGCAAUAGUUCUGAAAUAGCUGUUUGCAAGGAUUUGGGUUUUGCGAAAACUGCUAAUUUGUCUAGUGUGGAUGGGCAACUUGUGAAUGCUAGUGAAAUAGAUUGCAGAAGUAGAGAUACUGAUGACACAUCAUGUGAAAGGGAUACCAAGAGACAAAAGAAAAUGAACACGGGUUUGUCAUCUGAAGCAAAAAGCCAAAGCGCCAUUGCAAAUUGUGAUCCUUUUCUUACUGGUUGUGCUUUCUGCAAGUCACCAAAUGCAACAGAUUCUUCUGGUCCAAUUAUAUUUUACAAUAAAGGAAAGGAGUUUGUGGAUCAUCUUCCUGAUUCUAUACCUGUUCACAGGAGAUGCAUCGACUGGGCACCCCAAAUUUAUUAUGAGGGUGAAUUCAUAAAAAAUUUCAAAUCUGAAUUGGCUAGAUCUGCAAAACUCAAAUGUAAUGUCUGUGGACAGAAAGGUGCAGCCCUUGGCUGUUAUAUGAAAUCUUGUCCAAAGACUUACCACGCACCAUGUGCAUUUGAAAUUGAAGAGUGCAGAUGGGACUUGGACAACUUCUUGAUGUUGUGUCCUAACCAUAUUUCUACAAGAUUUCCUAAUGAGAAACCAAAAUCUAGGAAGUCUGCCACUUCUGAAAAUCAUAUCAACUCAUCUAAAAUAACUGCUGAGCAGUUGGACAUUUGGUCAACGUCACCUGAGGGGCCAAAAGAAUGGGUUUUAUGUGGGUCUGCUUUGUCAUCAGAUGAUAAGUGUACUUUGGUAAAGUUUGCUAAAAUGUGCGGUGCAACUGUCUCAAAACUCUGGUCAUCAGACGUGACUCAUGUAAUAGCAGCAGCUGAUUCUGAGGGUGCAUGCACAAGGACUCUCAAAGUUCUCAUGGCAAUUUUAUGUGGAAAAUGGAUCCUUUCCAUGGACUGGGUAAGGGCUUGUAUGAAGGCCAACUGCCCUGUGAAUGAAGAGCCAUUUGAGAUUAAUUUGGACAACCAUGGGUGUUGCAAUGGGCCCAAAACUGGAAGACUAAGGGCUUCAUCCAAUGCACCUAAACUUUUUGCAGGGUUAAGGUUUUAUCCAAGUGGAGAUUUUUUGGCCGCUUAUUUAAAGGAUCUCCUGGAGUUGACUAAAGUGGCUGGAGGGACCAUUUUGCAGGGAAAAGAAGAGGUGAUUGCCGCCAAAGGGCAGGAUCGGGGACAAAGCGAUCACCCAACAUGUCUGAUUGUGUAUAACUGUGACCCUCCCAGGGAGUGUAUGCCUAAGGAAGAAAGCUCCAUUAUGCUGCGAAGACUUGAAGAAGCUGAGAAUUUGGCUAAACUGAGUGGUUCUUUGGUAAUUAAACACACAUGGAUUCUGGAAUCCAUUGCUGCUUGUAAGUUGCUUCCUUUUGUUUGAUGAGGAAAAAUGUGGGGGCUACCAUUGUUUCUUGGGCUGUAUAACACAUUUGUUAGUUGUUACCCCUUUUUAUUUUUGUUUAUUUGUCAUGGUGAGUUGCUCUUCAAAUAUGGAUGCAGCAUGUAGUGGUAACAGGUAACUUGGUUCACUUGGGGUGUGUUUGGAUCGUCAGGAAUAGAAAAUCUGAAGGAAAAGUUGUUUUCUUGAGAUUGGGUUUGCCUUCUAGAGUACAGCGUGAAACGCUUGUGAUUUUUUUUGAAAAGUCACACAUGUAGUAUGCUUACUUGGUGAUUAUUUAAAAUUUAUUGAUUUUACGCCA